AUGGACAGUUUUCAGGCGGCGUCUCGUCAGGCUGCUGCUGAGUUCAAUCAGAAGUUGGGUGAAGACCCAACACCUAUUGAAGUUGGUAAACUGCGGUUAGCACGCACGUUCAAAGCUCACGAUGAAGGGAUUUGUAAAGUGAGGAUACACCCUAGAAUUGCCAUGCUGGCAACAACUUCUGAUGACGGCACGUGGAAGCUGUGGUCCUUACCUGAUGGGGAAAUACAGAUGAAUGGCAAGGGGCAUAAGGCCUUCGUGUCGGAUCUGGUCUUCCAUCCGGACGGAACUGUUUUCGUCACCACCAGUGGGGACCGCACUGUGAAGGUUUGGAAUAUGGUUAAAGAAAUUUGUUCGACAACACUAAGGGAUCAUAUGGAGACAGUGUGGAGUGCGGACUUCCAUCACUCUGGUGCUUUUUUCGCCACUAGCAGUACCGAUCAAACUGUGAAGAUAUUCGACACCAAGAACAUGCGAUGCCGGCAGACUCUUCGAGGGCACGUAGAUGCUGUGAAUAGCGUUCAAUUCCAACCGUUCACUGGGAACCUCGCCACAGCUUCCGCUGACAAGACAGCGUCCAUCUGGGAUGGACGAACUGGGCUUUGCGUUCAGACUUUCUAUGGUCAUCGUAAUGCACUCAACCAUGCUCGCUUUGAUGGAAAGGUACUAUCACGUAUCGGAAAUUCUCUAUUUCCCACACGGCUUGUGAUUCUAUCGUGGGGAAAUAUUUCCGGUAGG